CUUCGGUUUGCACUUGUGGUUCAGGAUGGUGAGAAUGAUAUGCCACGGAAGGACUGACAGCAGUGACUCUUCACUCAGAGCACAGAAAUCAUUCUCAGAACGGCAGCUGGAUAGGAUCAUUUCAAAAAACUUUUAUUUUAUUUUAUUUUUUACAGAGAAGUUCCAGACCUCGCUGGGCAGUAACUUCACCAGAGUUUAAAUGUGAUCUUCACCACUUACAGAUGAUUUAAUCACUUUAAAUCAUCAUAACCAUGGCAUCAGUCUGGCUUGUGCUUGUGCUGUGGAUAUAUAUUAAUGUCUUGAUAAAAGUGAUUCAGGCAUCAUCGUGUGCUAAGAUACACACUCCUGCCUCAGUGGUGCUCGCUGGCUCGCCCGUAUCAGUGUCCUGCUCCAUCGAGGACGACUGCUUGCUGACUAAAGGCAAAGACUUUCAUGUGAUGUGGCGGAUUAACAACAAUUUUGCCCCCAGCAAUCUCUCUUACCAGGAGAGCAACAGGACAUAUGGCAUACUCGUCCCCAGCCUACCACACACAGGGGCAGACAUUACUUGUGUCCUGUGUGUAAGGGAUCAUACCUGCCAAAUAGCCGAUGGAGUGGCAGUUAAAGUGGGAUAUAUUCCUCCCAUUCCUACAAACCUGAGCUGCGCUUUGACUGUAACAAAGACAUACAGACUCCUGUGUCAAUGGGAUCCUGGUCAGGAUCCUGGCCUUCCAACAAACUAUACUCUUCAUGCAUUGAGGGCCAAAUCAAGAAAAAAACAAUUUGAGAUCCCACCUGGAGAGCAUUUCUGCUUGAUUCCACGGGAUUCUUACCAUUUAUUUUUAGAGUUGGAAGUUUAUGUGACAGCAGUGAAUGUCUUUGGAAAUGCCACCUCUGCUCCUCUGAAACUGAUCCCUAUGAAAACAGCAAAGCUCAAACCUCCUAAGAUUACAAAGGUUGAAGCAUAUCCGUCUGGCAGCUUACAGUUCAGCUGGAGUCUUGCAGAGUCUCAGAAAUGGUUGCAGGUGACCUUCGGUGUAGAGUUGAGAUUGAAAACAUUGAACAACCAGCUUGACAAAGAGUUGGUUUUCAACUUCAGGGGGCGACAAGAAAACAGAAUAAAUGUGUCUGGCCUCCUUCAUGGGACAAAUUACAGCGCCACAAUAAGAGUGAAGUACAGUUUAUGGAGUGAAUGGAGUGAUCCAAAAACAGCCACCACACUUAUGAGGGCUCCGGCCGGACAUCUGGACACAUGGCUCAAACUGAAUGAUCAGGCCGCUCAGCUCUACUGGAAGCCCUCACAAAAAUUUCGUGCCAAUGGCUGGAACUUGACAUACACUGUUGAAUCAAAGGAACCUAAAAAGACUUUGUGUGUAACUCAAGAAAGCCACUGCUUUUUCAGUCUCACCAAGUGGAUUAAAAAGGUCUACCUGAUAGCCACUAAUGCAAAGGGGAGCUCGAAUCCUAAUGAAGUACCAGUGUAUCGGAAGAAAGGGCUGGACCCUGUGUCUAAUUUCAAUGUGCAUCCCCAGUCAGAGACGUCUGUGCUCCUGACGUGGGAAAGCCCGGUGUCCUCCAGAGUCAGGGAAUACGUGCUGGAGUGGAGAUCUCUGUGUGAGAUGCCGGCAGCUCCUCUGUCCUUCAUUCUGUUGGACAAAAACAGCUCCAGUACCAUAGUAACAGGGUUAAAGGCUUUCAUGCCAUAUGAGAUCUCCGUUUAUCCCAAAUAUGUUAACGGGGUUGGACGUCCUCUUACCUUAAUGGCAUACAGCCGUCAGAAAGCACCCUCUGCGGCACCAAAGUUAGAAACUGUGGAAAUCCGUUAUUCACAGGUGAAUCUUCGCUGGGAUAAAAUUCCCCUUAAUGAGACAAAUGGGAUCAUUCAAGGAUAUACUAUUUACUUUUGGAAUGAUACGGAUGAUAUCCAAGUUAUAAAUACUAACAAGACCAGCGCUGUGGUGAAAGAUCUUCAGCCGUUUACCAUAUAUUCUGCCUUUGUAGAGGUUCAUACAAUGGGUGGAAGUUUUAACGGAUCAGUUCAGUACCUGACAACUGGAAGUAUUGAUGGAAUUGGAAUGGUGCUCUUUGUUAUCCCAGCAUGCAUUGGGUUAUCACUUCUCAUCAUCAUUGUUGUGUUUACCUGUUUGGGGAAACAUGAACGGGUGAAGAUGUUUUUGUGGCCUAUAAUUCCCGAUCCUGCCAACAGCAGUAUUAAGAAGUGGACCACCAUUGACUCACUGCAGGGCAUGCCUCCCUUUAAAGAAGACAAGGACCCUAUGUUGGUGUAUCUGUCCCACUUCAGUCUUCUUGAUCUGCCUGAGAAAGAGCUGUUCAAGAGUGACUACAUCAAGGAGAGCCAGUGGUCACAUGAUAUCUACAGCCGUGAUGAGAGUCACAACUCUUUCCAGGCCUGUGGCAGUUACAACUCGGAGCAUGACAGGGACUCUGUCCCUUACGCCACUGUUGUUUUCGGUGGUCCGUAUCAAAGCCAUUCGGCACCUCUGCCAGCCUAUGUACGCUCUGAUUCCACACAGCCCCUGUUAGGGGGGGACGAGCCUGGCAGCCCCCCACCAUACGAGAAUGUGCCACUAGUGAGGGGUGUUACUAAAGUGAAACACUUCACUGCAUUCCCUCGGAAUUCCACUGAAAGUGAGGAGAAUGAAGAACUUUGGGAAGAAUUCCCUAUGCUCAGAUUGUUAGAGACGAGGCAUACUGAUCAUAACUAAACUGAAUUUGAGUAUAUAUACAAACGUCAUGCAGGGGCCCCAAAAAGCAACACAGGCUCAUUGGAAAAACGUGCCUCUUCCAACAUUUUUGCAAAACUCAGAAAAUGUACAUACAAAUACAUAGAAAUCACUGCAGUGUCCAGUUGAAAAGAACACUAGAGGCAGUAAAACAGCAACAACUUUUAUUCUUUUUGACACAAAAUGAUUACAGGGAUAGAUUAUCGGAUAAUAAAGAUUUAUUUUUGUGCUGUUUCUUGCACAAAACUAUGUUAUGACCUCAAAACACUUUUACCGUAGAGCAUGAUUUGUAAACUAAUACAUUUUGACGUUUUCAUCUCAUAACCAGAUCCAUACGUGAGGCUUUUCUGAUGUAGUAAACUUGCUCAGUAGCUCACCUGAUACAGCAGUGCACUUGUGAUGGGAAGAGUCAUGAUAAAAGAGCUCAAAGACUUGUAAAAGCAGCUAAAAUGUUUUAUGUCAUGUUUUUAUGUUUAUGUCAAAUGUUUUUAGUGUAGGUGGUACAUUAUUUUCAAUUGCGUUAGAGCAUUAACCUUUUAGCACCACUUACCUGACAUUUCAAUUCAGAACUGCUGCGAUACGUACAACAACCAACACAAUAAAACGUUUUCAGAUUCACCUUAUUUUUUUUUGGGAUAAAACUAAACAUGCUUUUAGUGCCACUUACUGGACAUUUCACUUUGAAAGUGUUGCGAAGAAAUAUUGUGUAGAAAUGUCGCCACAGGUACGUUUUCCCAAUGAGCUUGAGUUGCCAAAAAGGCUACGUUCACACCGAGGCUGUAUGCGGUAUGUGAUUUUAUAUCAUAUGUCAGAAUAACUCAACAUUCAUCAAAACUGCACAAUUAACUUUCCCUGUAUACAUAUGUAUACAUUACCGUUCAAAAGUUUGGGGUCGGUAAGAUUUUUAAAUCUUUUUGAAAGAAGUAAAAAAAACUACACUCACCAAAGUUGCAUUUAUUUGAUCAAAAAUACAGUAAAAACAGUAAUAUUGUGAAAAAUGUAACUGUUUUCAAUUUGAAUAUAUUUUUAAAUGUAAUUUUUGUAACUCCAGUCUUCAGUGUCACAUGAUCCUUCAGAAAUCAUUCCGAUAUGCUGAUUAGCUGCUCCAGAAAACAUUUCUGAUUAUUAUUAUUAUCAGUGUUUGUGCUGCAAUAUUUUUGUGGAAACCGAUAAAUGUGCUAAAUGUUUUUACUGUUACUUUUGAUCAAUUUAAAGCAAAAUAAUAAUAAUAAUAAUAAUUUUUAAGAAUUUCUUUUAAAAAAUCUCACUGACACCAAACUUUUAAACAGUAUGGUACAAUAAUGUAUAUUAAGGCCACCAGUUGACUAAAAUAUUUAAUCAACUUCGAUAUGCAAUGUUCCACUUUGAUUGGUUCAUCUAUCAUUUAAACUGAACUCAUUCUAAUACAUGAAGUAUUUGUAGAAUAUCUGUGACUACUCAGUUAAUUAUAUGAACUGUCUUUAAUAUUGCCAGGGACUGUAUAUCGAUGAAACAGACCACUUCAUCAAAUAGGAGAAAGUGGAACCUUCAAUAUGGCAGCUCUAAUUAAGUAAUCCACGCCUUCCAAAUACAAGAGCUAAUCAGCAAAGUCACUGCCUGGUCUAUAUGUGAAACUUGUCUUGAGAAAUCACAUGGGCUGCAUCCGAAAUAAUUACUUCACGGCCGCUAAAAAUGUAUGUUCUAUAUAGUAUAAGUGUUUGUAGUACGAGUGUAAUCUGGACAUACUACAUUUGCCUAUCAUGUGACCUACCAGCGUCAGUUGCGUCACUUCACUGCCAAUGGAGUGUCAAUUGAGAGAUGCUUGAGUCUUAAUUAUGUCACUGUGAGGGUAAAUAAGACAAAAAAAAUAAAAUAUAUAUAUAUAUAUACUUGUACUUUUUUGGCUGUAUAUUUGUAUUGAAUAUAUAUUUGAAUUUUGAAUUUAUGUACUAUUAGAAAAGGAGCACAAAUAUGUCUGAUUUGUAUUUGUAUGUUUUUUUUUUGUUUUGUUUUUUGAAAAAGAGAAAAUCUAAGAAAGAAAAGAAAGACAAAAAAGAAAGUGAUAAAUGCUAUGUUCAUUUACUUCAUAAUUAAUGUUACCUGAUGUUUGACAUGUUUUAUAUACAUUCACCUCUUUUCUGUAUGGUGCUUUGAGUUCAGUAUUUUAUAUGCAUUUCAACAUUUUAAAAGAGUACAAAUUUUGGUUACAUCUGGCAAUGUAGCAGAUUUUUUUGGAAGGACAAAAUAAAAGACUUACAUGA